AUGAAGAUCAAGAAUUACACAGAGGUGACUGAGUUCAUCCUCCUGGGAAUCCCUCAUACAAAAGGACUGGAGACUAUGCUCUUUGUCAUUUUCUUAUUCAUCUACAUCUUUACCCUGCUAGGGAACUUCCUCAUCCUCUUGGCCAUCAUCUCUUCCUCUCGCCUUCAUACACCCAUGUAUUUCUUCUUGGGACUCUUAUCUACCUUUGACAUAUUUUUUCCUUCAGUGAGUUGUCCUAAAAUGCUCAUUUUUCUCUCUGGAAGGAGCAGAGCCAUCUCUUACAGAGGAUGUGCCACCCAGCUCUUCUUCUACCAUUUUAUAGGAUGUGCUGAAGGUGUUCUCUAUUCUGUGAUGUCAUAUGACCGUUUUGUUGCCAUCUGUCAUCCCCUGCGCUACACAGUCAUUAUGAACCCCAGACUUUGUGUGGUCUUUGCCACUUGUACCUCAUUGAUUAGCUGCAUCCAUGCCACUGUAUUGACAUCACUCACCUUCCAGUUGCCUUAUUGUGGUCCCAAUGAAAUAGACUAUUACUUCUGUGACAUUCCUGUUAUUUUACCUUUGGCCUGUGCUGACAGCUCACUGGCCCAGAGGGUGGGUUUCACUAAUGUUGGUCUUUGGACUUUAGCAUUAUUUUCCACUAUUAUUGCCUCCUACACCCGCAUUGGAAUAGCUAUUUUGAGAAUCCGUUCAGCUGAAGGCAGGAGCAAAGCUUUCUCUACCUGCAGUGCUCACCUUACUGCAAUCCUGUGUGCCUGGGGACCAAUUAUCAUUAUCUACUUUCAGUCUACACCUAAUCCUUUGCUUGGUGCCAUAGUUCAAAUUUUGAAUAACAUUGUUUCACCUAUGCUGAACUCUUUAAUUUAUUCUCUGAGAAACAAGGAAGUAAAAAGAGCCUUGAAAAGAGUUUUGAGUAAAGGGGUGGAACCCUUGAAGGUAAUCAAGACAAGCAUCUGUUUAUUUAAAAUUCACUAA